AUGGUCAACACGCAGGCCUCACGGAAGGGCCUCAUUCUCUCCGUGAACGCGGGCUCUUCUUCUCUCAAAAUCUCUCUUUACCGCCUCAAGUCUCAGACCGCUCCGCCAGACGUGUCCAGCGAGUUGGAGCCUGUAGAGCUUCUGCUCGUCUCCAGCAUCUCCAAUAUCUCUGCUCCCCCGGCUUCUUUCACCUUCUCUCUCGCUGCACACGGAUCAGGACGUGAAGCUAAGAAGGAACCGGUCAACUCAAUUCACGACCAUACAAGCGCAUUCGCCCACUUCCUGGACUAUCUGAAGAAGGAGGCGAGCAUCGACCGCAGCGAGAUUGCCCAUGUCUGUCACCGUGUCGUGCACGGUGGAGACUACUUCCACCCAGAGGUUAUCACGAAGGAGAGCUACAAACAUAUCGAGAGGCUGUCUGACCUAGCCCCUUUGCAUAACGGCGCAGCUCUCUCUGUGAUGAAAGCAUGCAUUGACGCGCUUCCAAACUCUCAGUCGAUCGCAUAUUUCGAUACCUCAUUCCACCGUCCAAUACCACACCAUAUUGCAAGCUACGCCAUCGACCAGACUAUCGCCAAGAAACGUGGCCUGAAGAAAUAUGGAUUUCACGGAUUGAGCUAUGCCUACAUCCUGCGUGCCGUGUCGACACACCUGAAGCGAGGUCCCAAUACUCUUAACCUUAUCGUCAUGCAUCUCGGUUCUGGAGCUUCUGUCUGUGCAAUCAAAGAAGGCAAAUCUAUGGACACCUCUAUGGGCCUCACUCCUCUUACCGGUUUGCCGGGGGCGACCCGAUCGGGCGGUGUCGAUCCCUCACUCAUCUUCCACUACACCAACCUCGCCGGCCGUAUGUCGCAUGACCGCAGCGCGGCAGUGGACAUCCACGUCACUCGCGCAGAAGAGAUCCUCAACAAGCAGAGCGGCUGGAAGGCGAUCACGGGCACGACGGACUUUGGCGAGGUCGUGAAGAACAUGAAGACGAACCAGGAGAAGGUCGAUGCGGGGACGGCCAGCGAGGACGAGGCGAAGUGGAAGCUCGCGUACGAUCUGUUCGUCGAUCGCAUCUACGACUUUGUCGGCGGGUAUUACCUCAAGCUCGGUGGUAGGGUUAACGCGAUCGUCUUCUCGGGUGGUAUCGGGGAAAGGAGUGUAGAGCUGAGGCAGACUAUUGUCGCGCAGAUGGCAUGUCUUAGCUUCAAGCUGGACGGAGAGAAGAACGCUUCUGUGGACAAAGAGGAUGGCGCAGUGGUCGAUAUAGGCGUUAGUGAUGACGGACAUCAGGUAUUGGUUUGCCGCACUGAUGAACAGAUGGAAAUGGCUAGGGAGUGUUCCCUAGAGAAGAAAUUCUGGAGCGACGAAUCCUAG